AUGGGGAUACUGUUUGUGGACGUUGAUAUUCAAAUCUACUUUUUCCGUUCGGAUCUGGAGCAAGCCAAAAACCGGUUGCAUCAAUUUUUCAGUCGCAUUUACGGGUACAAUUACAAGUUGCAUAGAAGCUUCUUUUUCCGAUUUUUUACUGAUUUGGAAGAAUACAUGGCUGGUCGGCGAGGUCGACUGGCCGGUCUCAUUGAUAACUUUUUCAAUCAACUGCGGGACAACAUCGUCAGUCUAAUUGAACGCUCGGCCAAUCCGAUGCUGAACAACCGACCAGGAGGUGCAUUCGGUAUGGGUGGUGGUGGUGGCUCGAGUAACAAUGCUCCCGGUGCCGAUGGCCCCGGAGGAAACAGUGGCGGAGAUCAGACAGCUACAGACGAAGCAGCUGAAGCACGUCGAAUCAAAUGCCUUUCGGAGCGUGUUGCGCAAUUACGUCCAUUUGAUGAAGUGGAUGUGCGACUAAAGGCACGCAUCCUUGAAGCGUAUCCACCGGCCCGAAUGCUGGUCAAUGUGAUGUCCACUGCCAGUCGGCUUCUGUCGCACUUGGCGUUCCAGGUCAGUGAACGACCGGAAUGUGUUCUUGGACUGACUCGAUUUCGAUUCUGUGCACUCUGUGGCGGGAAACCAUCCGCUUCAGCCUGUCCGGACAGUUGUCCUCGACUGAUGGCUCCGUGUUUGCACGUGAACGGACCGGAAGCUGCUCAGUUGUCUGCGAUCUGGCCUCGCUUGAUUGAAGCGAUUGUUAUGGCCACAACUCGUUUGGAACGGUCGUUCAAUUUUCCUGCGGUCAAUCGAAAUUUACAAAUGGAGAUUUCUGAAGCGAUCACCAGCCUCCAAGCCCGGUACGAACAAACCAAAUCGAAGUUCGAAGCCGAAUGUCGUUUGGGUUCUGCCGGCCGUUCUGUACCCACCCUAUUCAGUUCCGGUGGUACUGGCCUGAAUUCAAACAUGAACAAGCCACGAGCUCAGUCGAUGGGGAUGAACCAACCGGUCAAUCAGUUUCCUGGUUGGCCAUCCAUGGAUGAGGAAUUUCGCCGUUGGCGUCGGAAUUCCAGCCCCAUUUCUCACAUACGACGAGCCCGUUCACCUCAAAUGGCCUCACCGGAGUUCCUCAACUGGCAAACACGAUCACGCAACGCUCCAGGGAAUGUACACGCACAGUACGGCUCUUCAGCCGGGAAUGCAUACCGAUCAGCUGAAUCUAAUGCUGCUUGGGGUGGUAGUUCUGGUGGUGGUGGUGGUGGUGGUGGUGGUGGUGUAGUCUCUGGACAGAAUGAGGCUGCGGCUGAUGUUCCGGAACGUCUUAUGCGAUGGGCCGGGCAGUUGAAACGCGAGUACAACGCAUUGAGCAAUCUGUUCUCUAUCCCUGGAGCAAAUUUCUGCCCUUCCUCGACCUCCGGAUCUAACUCCACUUCAUCUGGGUCAUCUCAAACUGACUGUUGGAAUCCUCCGAUGCUAACAGGAGCCUCUCCGCAUCAUGGAAUCUCAGAAACAUUCAGACAGUUGAGCGAGGCCACAGAACGUCUGCAUCAGGCCUCAGCAAGUAACGGUGACCCGGAGGCACUGAUUAUCCAAGUGCCAUCCACCAUGCAUCUUGCCAUGGGUGGUUAUUCACCGCAGUUACCUUACAACAGUCCAUAUGCAGAGCAGCAGCAACAGCCCAUUCAACCGAGCAAUGGCGCAAUGGGACAGUGGCGUCCACCAGCACAUCCUCCCGUUCCCAACACGUUCCAUUCAAACGAUGCUGUGCCUCCGAGUCAAAGUGAUAUGGCAAUUUGCUCAUUUCUCCUUCCUUUGUUGCCGUUGCGUUUGGCAGAAAUCAUUGAAGUUCAAAUGCCAGUUGACAUCGAUUAUCGGGACCUAUUUGUUGGAAGUGGUACCGGUCCACAACCUGGUGAUCAUCUUCCGUCCAUAGAAAACCAAGCACCCCAAGACUUCUACGCCCAUCCAUCCAGUCAGGCUCCGGUUGACUACGCACCACCACAACCUCCGAUGCCACCGCAAGCUCCAAGUCCACCUCCUGCGCCGGAGCCGGUGGACAAUCCCGGUAGCGGUCGUGGUGGUUACUACGAAACCGGGUCUUUUUAUGAAUCUCCCGGACAACCGAUGUCACCAGAACGGACUGACUUGUCUGAAUCGGGUCGAGAUGGAGAUGAACUUGAGGAACCGAUCCAUGUAACGACAGCUGUAGUGCCUUCCGUGGUGAGUACAGUUGUGGACAAACCGAACACCACUAGUACUAGUCGUCGUACAAGUCCAGCAGUUGUAUCUACUCGGACAACUACUACCACAACGGCCGCGACAACAACCACCACUACUACUACUACUACAACUACUCCUGCUACAACCACCACCACCACGACCACUGUCAAACCAACUUUAAGAUCAUCGACAACAACCACAACUACGAUGAAGCCACCAUUAACUUUUGACGAUCGAUCACAAACCUCACUCCCAUCUGUAGUUGUUCCACCCGGUAAUAGUUGGCGCACACCUGAACAAACUCGGGGCGGUUCGAUCGAACCACCAAAACCGUUUGGUCCUAACCGUCCCGCAUUGGAGUCACAUUCGAAUUAUGAAUCUCCCUUACCCGACGAUGAAGACAGUUUAGCACAGCCGGGUGGUGUACAACCGCCACCGAUGCAGCCUCCCCCACCUCCGCAACAGGCGAAUCAGCAACAACAAUGGACCGGUACCGGCGGUGCACCGGCACAGGGGUCUAAUCAACCAGUAUGGUGGGAGAGUCCACAAUCCGGUGGUAGCGGUUUCGGAGAAACGAACUACUAUCAACCACAGCCAUAUCAACCUGUGGGUGUGAAUCCACCCGAAACAAAUUACAACUGGGCCCCCGGUCGUCCAGAUACACCUCCAUCUCCAUAUGGCUAUAUGGGUGGCAGUGGAGCAAAGCCUCCUGAAGAGGGACAGGUACCCGUUGAAGGACCAGGGGCACUAAAACCAAGUCCCGCUUUCCCGUACCAAGAACCACAGCCUGGAGGGACAUUUGGACAACAGCCUGCUCCUGAAUGGCCACAGCCCCAACCUCCACAAGAGUUUAACAAUCUUGGUAACCAGGGCAGCGGUAGUUGGAGUGGUCCGAAUACGGGAGCCUAUCCAGAGGGAAUUACUCAGUGGCAAGAUAACGCCCAUGGAAGCGGGACGGCAGAAACUGUCGGUUACGCGCCGUCGCACGGUGAAAACAUUGCACAGAAUCAGCGUCCGGAACCGUUGCCCCAACCGCCGGUACUGUUGCCCCCAGUCAAAAAACCGGAACCACCCCUAUCCCACCCGCCGAUGCCUCCUCCAGAAGUCUGGGUUCCUGCACAGUUGGGCCCAGGACAGCCAGUUUCUUCUGUGCUCCUGGUACGCGAAUACAAUGUCCAAGGGCCAUUCUAUGGACCAGAGACCGUACAUACAAAGCAUAACUCGGCGAAAACUAAGCGCGCAAUAUACACCACGCCUAUCCUUAUCGCUGUUUUUUGCAUAUUGCAUCUCCUUCCCUAG